GCUUCCAUGUUCAGCUAACACAGGUUCACCCCUGCGUCACAUCAGUGCAGUCCACUGAGCGCCUGGCAGGUCUCUGGCUCAGCCUGGGCAAAACUAAUCAACGCAUCCUGCAGGGGACAUGUGACCCCCCUGCUGACAGACCACAGGAAGAACCUGCGCACCUGAGCUCAGGCGAGUAG